AAGGAACAUGAGUUUGAAUGAUAGAUAAACAGACAGGAAAGUACGGAGAACUGGAGAAGUAAUACGAGUAACAAAGUUACACAUCAGCAGUGUCGCUGGAUGAUGAAAUUGUAUUCGUACUAUGCUCUGAUACUACUCCUUGCAUCUGCCAAUCUCGCCGCCGGUAAAGAUGAGGGAGUUUGUAUAUCACCUGGUGGUCGAUUUCCUAGAUUUUCCAAUGAAGGUAAACCUCCAAGGAAGGUAAAUAAAGGGCCAAGAGAUUUGAACCUGUGCAGGGUGUUUCGGGGGAAGACUUGCUGUGAUGUAACCCAAACGCAUCCUACAUUGUUGUCCAUUAGGAGGUUGGCUUCUGCAGGAGAAGCAAGCCAAGAGUGUUUACACUUGUGGGAAGCGUUGGAAUGCUCUAUAUGUGAUCCAUAUGUUGGGGUCCAGCCAGGACCUCCACUUAUAUGUGCCUCUCUCUGUGAUAGAGUGUACCAAGCCUGCUCAAGUGCAUACUUUGCAGUUGAUACAAAGACACAGGUUCUUGCACCUUGCGGAGUGAAUGACUUUGUUUGCGGCAGGGCCUCAGAAUGGAUCUCCAAUGGAACAGAACUCUGCCGAAUUGCCGGUUUCUCAGUCAAACCUAUGAGUGAUGAUCCAGAAGAAAUGUCUUGCUAUGGAGGCAAAUCUAGUAGGGACUCCACUGCUAAAUCGUGGGGAAUCUCAAACUCCAAGUUUGCCAAAACUGCUCACAGUUCAAGUACACUGGAAGGUUUCAAACACUGGGUAGAAGACAUUUUUUUCAGCGAAAGGGUAUCUUGGGCAAUAGGAGGAAUGGUUCUGACGGCAGGACUUCUAUUUGUCAGCCGACGUAGAAGCCGCAGACAUCGCUACAAACAGGCAUCUAUCCAACGCACUGUCAGAAAAUUGAGCUCAGGCUCUCAAGCCAGGGAAGCAAGGCAAGUGGAAGAUAAAAAGUAGAUUAGUACCUUAAUGUGUGCUUCAAUGUGUAGUUGUAGGUUCAAAAGUUGCUGGUAUACCAUUGCUUGUUUUGUAUUCUCUUCUCUAACUCUUCAUCCUUAUUACUAAUUUACUAUAUAUAAAUGCCACUGUCGUUUGUGAAAUCAUAUUAUUCACGAUUAACUGUCCUUUAAGGACAUGUUUACUUUAGUGCUUGA